AUGGAGCCUGCGCAACGCCUCCCAGGUCAGAGGAUCCAGAAGCCUGCUCUCAAGCUUUUGAAGGAGUCCAAGGCUGACCCAGCUGCCUGGUUCCAUGUCCAAGAGCUGCACAAGGCUCUGAAAUUCCACAAGCUCACUGACAAGAAGGAGGUGCCCAAAUAUGAUUUUUGGAGCCUUAGCAUGUAUUGGCAAACCAAGAGGGUGGGGCUGCUCCAGAAGCAGGAGUCGGGCUUUGUCCAUGUCACGUCCUUCGGGUGCACUUGGUGCAAGAACAUUGCGAUGUGUGCCCACGCAGCCCGUAUGUUUAUCAACUUCGUUGGUGGUGACAAACCGGUGGCAAAGUGCAAACCCCUUGAUGACGAGGUGGUUGUGGCUUAUUUGGACUCCUUGACGGAGCUUGUGAAGGCUGUUGGAAUUGCUGAUUCCCUCGGCUUGAGUUUGGAGGACAUCGAAAUUUAA